GACGUGGCGUCUAUAUUUCGGAUUUAUUUCCUUAAUCAUCAUCAAUCAAAGACUUUCUCACAUGGAUAUAGACGAGUCACGACGACUCACGCGUAUCGAAACAAAACGUUGUUGUUAGAGAGAAAAUUCCAGUUCUUGGAUUCCGGCGACCUCAUUGGUGAAAGAUCUUGAGAGACUAUAUUAUUUUACCUUUCUCUUGACCGGUUUCGAUGGCGGAUGGAAACGCCGCUUCGCGUUACGUGAAAUUGAGGAAAGAGCAAGCUCCUGUCGAAGAAGAUAUCACACCCGGUGAACUCAAUCAGCCCAUUGAUGUUCCUCAGUUGAAUGUCCGCAAGUGCCAUGAAUGUAUGCAAGUUCUACCUGAAACCUAUGAACCUCCUUCUGAUGAAAACUGGACCACCGGCAUUUUUGGUUGUGCUGAAGAUCCAGAGAGCUGCAGGACUGGUCUCUUUUGCCCGUGUGUACUGUUUGGGCGUAACAUUGAAGCUGUGAGGGAAGAGAUUCCUUGGACCCAACCAUGUGUAUGCCAUGCAAUAUGUGUCGAAGGAGGUAUGGCACUUGCAGCAGUCACUGCACUCUUCAGUGGCUACAUUGAUCCUCAAACAACGGUUGUCAUCUGCGAAGGCCUCUUCUUUGCUUGGUGGAUGUGUGGAAUCUAUUCAGGCCUGUUCCGCCAAGAACUCCAGAAGAAAUAUCAUCUCAAGAAUGCGCCUUGUGAUCAUUGCAUGGUUCACUGUUGCUUGCACUGGUGUGCUAUGUGUCAAGAACACAGGGAGAUGAAGAAUCAUCUUUCUGAUACAGAAGCCUCAUCAUCAACUACUAUGGAUCCUCCCCCAGUUCAAGAGAUGAACACCGAGGAGAAAAGAGACGCUUCAUCUUCUUCGUCUUCAUCCCCAUCAUCUGCCAAAAGCCAACACAAUGAUCUCGAGAUGGUCCCUCUAUAGGAAGCAUUCCUUAUCAAUCUCUGCUGCUUAUGCUCUAAGCUGUUUUUUCUGUGCAGAGAGGUCUUCGUACCAGAUGAUUCUGUUGCCCUUAGGUUUUAAAUAUGCAAAAGUUUGUUCUAAGAACAAGUUCAUUAGUACUCUUAAGUUUUACAGAACUUAAAUUCAUGACUUCAUUGAAUCGCUUGGAAGAAGGAAGCAACAUCUGUCUCUGAACUAUUUUGUGAUUAAACACUAAAUGACUUU